CAAACUCAUCCUGGAUCACUUUGUGUCGUCUCUUCCGAGCAAAGUCUGCGUCUCCCCUCCCUCAAUUGCUUACCAACUUCUCAACUGCGAUCUUCAAACUCUCUCGGAUCUUAGCUGAGAUUUCGAACUAAUUGUAUCCAAGGGGGAAAGGAAACUACUCACCGAUCUUUGGAAUUUCCAAGCCGAAAGAGCAAACACAUGGAGCGGUGCCUAGUAGCUGGGUUCUGUUUAUGGUUCACUCUCACAUUUGUGAUUGCAGACGAAAACAAAUCUUCUGCGGGAGGUUUAAUCUGGUCUUCCGCAAAAGAAGAGGGCGAUCUCCUUAUCCAGUACAGGCCAGAGGAAGAUUCCACCGCUGCUGCACCAGUCGUUCACGAUGCCGAUGGCUUUGAUGGCGGCUUUUCUUCCUUGGAUAGCAUGUUACAGUGGGCUAUAGGGCAUUCUAAUCCUGAAAAACUAAAGGAAACUGCCCAGGAUGUGAAGCAAUUGUCUCCAAGUGAGCUAAAGAAGCGUCAGGAAGAAAUUAAGGACCUAAUGGAGAAGUUGAAGAUGCCAUCAGAUGCAAAGCUGAUGCAAAUUGCGAUAGAUGACUUGAAAAAUUCCUCUCUGUCAUUGGAAGAUCGGUAUCGAGCAUUACAGGAGCUUUUAAUUCUUGUUGAGCCUAUAGAUAAUGCAAAUGAUUUGGGCAAACUUGGGGGCCUUGCUGUGCUUAUUCAUGAGCUUAAUCAUAUUGAUCCUGAAGUUAGGAAAGUGGCAGCAUGGAUUCUUGGAAAAGCCAGUCAGAAUAACCCUAUUGUUCAAAAGCAGGUAUUGGAACUCGGGGCACUGUCAAAAUUAGUAAGGAUGGCGAAAUCUGAUUUUGUAGAAGAAGCCAUCAAGGCGUUUUAUGCUAUUUCCUCCUUGGUUCGAAAUAAUUUAUCUGGCCAGGAAUUAUUCUAUGCCGCAGCUGGAGAAACUAUGCUUCAGGAUAUUUUAAGAAACUCAAGUAUGGAUAUCAGAUUGCAAAAGAAAGCUGUGUUUUUGGUAAGUGAUCUGGCUGAGACACAACUAGAAAAAGCAGAUGAGGCUGAGAGGUCAUUUUUUGGUGAUCGUUUUUUCUUGAAGUCUGUGGUUGAUCUAACCCAUUCGAAGGACAUUGACCUCCAGGAGAAGGCCCUCAUUGCUCUAAAGAACCUGUUGCUUCUGAGGACAACGAAAGCUCAAGUUUUAAGAGAAUUUUGUGGGCUGGAUGUUGCUUUGGAGAGGAUGAGGGUGAAACUGGAGGUAUUAAUGGAAGAGGAAGAUCACCGAGAUUAUGCUAUGGAUGUGGAAAGUCUACGAAACCAAGUGGAGUUAAUUUUCCAUGAAAGGCUGGGAAAGAGGAUGCAGGUUCCAACAUGAACAGGAGGAUGUUGAAAUUUGACAUGUACAAUGCUUUCCCACUAACCUAGUCUGUUUAGCUACAUCCUAGCCACAACCUUAGGGGAUGUUGAAAUUUUCGCAACAACGUAAUAUUGGGGAGUUUUUUUUUUACUAAAAAAGAAUGAUGAAUUUGGGUUUGGUUUAUAGGAAUGAAAUCUGUAGAACAUUGUUCAUAAAUAUUCUGAAAUUAAAAGUUCUGAAAACAAUGCGUACUAGAUCCUUCCCAGCCUUCUUAGAUUAGUCUUCAUUCAACCAGCCAUGAAAUGAAGGAUAGCCUUGUAUCCCAACUGUGCUAACAAGAAACUCUAUAAUCAGAGUUGGAGAUUA